AGGCGUAGCUAACAACACUGCUGUCCGUCUGACAGGCGACGCUUAAGGCCCACUAAACACACCUGUUUCUGCUCUUCUUCUCUGGAUUUACUUUUCUUUUCUCAGCAUGGAUCUACUCCUGGAUUCUGGAUAAUCUGAUAAAGCUCCCCUCAGAAGCAGAAUUCUCCUGACUCACUCUAACAUGAAGAAUAAGGAAUCAUCCACCAUGUCUGUGACGGCCCUCUUUAGGGGGAAGUGGGGGCAGAAGACUCAGGAUAACUCAGAGAAAACUCCAGCAGCUGUGAUUCAGCCGAGUCACAUGGACGAUGAUGAUGAGGAUGAAUCUUCAGGCUUCAGCAGAGAGCCCAAACUGAGGAACUCUCGCUUCUACCGCUCCAUGAGGAAGAAGAAACAGGCGGCCAGCGAGCAGGCUGACAACUCCAGCAGAUUUGGUUCAGACAGCAGUCCUUCUAACAGAGCUGGACCCGCCCCCUCAAAUGCUCCUUCGCCCCAGAAGUCGCCCUUUAUGCCCAGGGCGAGACGCCCUCAGCCUUCACCACAGCUCCAUCACUCCAGAACGGCGUUGCCAAGCAAUGGGGAGACCAGCAGCCGACACACUCAGUACAAAAGAGAAGCUGCGGAGAGGACGGGAGGAGGAGUGGGAGGAGGGAGGAGUGUGGACAUCUCUGCUGCCUCCUCUAACAACCAGCAGAGAGAUUUCAGCGCUGAUACGUUCAUCUACCGGACUCACAACAUACGAAGCGGAGAUAUAAAGCAGCUGUCUGAACAAACAGCCUCAGCUUGCAGCGUCCAGGAGGUCAGAGGAAGCACCAUGAGUUCACAGCGGGGGGUAUCUGACAGAGCAGACCAGGACAACGCUAACCUCAGGUUGCUGAGCAAUGGAGACGGAUCGCAGACGAUCUACCAUGGCCUCAACAUCGUCAAAAAUAUCGCCUUCCUGUACCAGGAGUACCGUGACACCUCCAAGCAGCAGGAGAUUGAACAGCGGCGGCAGCGUGACAAUCUGUCCCCAGGGAUCACGACCGAGACAGUGGUGGAGGGGUCAGGAGUUGUGUCCCCCCCAGCGCUACAGCUGCAGCUGAGGAACAGUGCUCGCUCUCUGACGCUGUGGCAGAACCUGGACGUGGUUCAGGCCAGCGGACUGCUCAACAAGCUGCAGCAGAAAGAAGUCAUCAUGCAGGAGGCCAUGUUUGAGCUUGUUACCUCAGAAGCGUCCUACUACAAGAGUUUGGAAAUCUUAGAGACUCACUUUCUACGUAAUCCUUCUUUGAUCAAUACUCUCAGCCAGUCCGACAUGCACUUCCUGUUUUCAAACAUUGAAGAGGUGAUGAAGGCCAGUGAAAGGUUCCUGAUGGACCUUGAGCACCGCAUUGAGGAGUCUAUUCUGAUUUCCGACGUGUGCGACAUCGUUUCGUACCAUGCUGCAGAGCACUUCCAUGUCUUCAUCAAAUAUGUGAUCAACCAGGUGUACCAGGAGAAGAACUACAGACGCAUUCUAGAGGGAAAUCAAGCGUUCAGGGAGGCCAUGGCUGCUCUGGAGAACCAUCCUCGUGUCCGAGGUCUUUCCUUCACCUCGUUCCUCAUCCUUCCUUUUCAGAGGAUCACCAGGCUCAAGCUGCUCAUACAAAAUAUCCUGAAAAAAGCAGAGGAGAACUCAGAGAGGGAAGCCAAUGCUAUAAAAGCCCAUCAGCAGCUGGAGCAGAUUGUGAAAGAGUGUAACGAGGGUGUUCGGAAAAUGAGUCGAACUGAGGAGCUCAUCAGCAUCGAGAAAACUUUGGAGUUCAAAUCCAAGUCUGUUCCCAUCAUUUCUCACUCUCGCUGGCUGCUGAAAAAAGGAGAGGUGCAGCUAAUGGCUGGACCCAAAAGCACCAGAACCAUGAAGAGUCGCAAACUCUACCAACCAGUCUAUUUGUUCCUCUUCAACAAUCUGCUGCUGGUCACUAAACGCAGCUCCAGUGGGGACAAGUUCCAAGUUCUCGACUCGUGCACGCGGGCGAUGUUGAGGACUGAGGAUAUGGAGGAUCAAGGCCAGCUGCUGGCAAAUGUCUUUAACCUGAAGCUGCUGGAGAACCAAGAGGAGCGUCAGGUCAGCUACAUGCUCAAGGCCUGCAGCAUGAGUGAUAAGCUUCGUUGGGUGUGCGCUCUCACUCCAAACCGGCGCACACGCUUCAUGUCUACGAGUGCCCACCAACCAGACUCUCCACAGGUGCAGUGUAUUCAGUCGUACUCGUCUCAGGAGCCGGAUGAACUCUCCAUCGAGAUGGCUGAUGUUUUGAACCUACUAGAGAGAACAGACGAUGGUUGGAUGAUGGGUGAAAGGCUCCAUGACGGCGAGAGGGGCUGGUUCCCGAGUCGAGUAGUGGAGGAGAUCCAAAGCAAGGAGGUCCGAGCUCAGAACCUGAGAGAGGCCUUUAGGAUCCAGCAGGCCCAGGAGGGUGGGGCAGGCUUGCAGAACGCUACCAGAAUCGGCUUAAGGGCUGGGAGACGCACACCCAAAGUCUCCAACUUCUCCAACAGCUGGAGGGAUCAGAUGGGAGAGAGCAGUGAAGUGAAGCAGUAACAGUGGUGAUUGUGAACAUUCAGCGCCAUGUGCACUAAGAGAGAAAAUAAUCAGGAUUCAUGUGACUUUUCUCCCAAUCUAUGACACUUUGAUUUACACUUCCAACAACCGGGGUGGUUUUAAAAUAUCCAAGUUUUACUCUCAGAGAUCGGGGACACAUGAACAAAGCGCUUCAGUCGAUAACCUUGUACAAGCAAUGCUGCAUGUCUCAUAAACGUGUGUGAUGCAUGGAGGACAGCUCUGUGUUUGGUUAUUGGGGGAUGGAAGAAACCUGGAGAGUUCUCUGGACAUCCCUCAGCUGCAUGGGCACGUUUUAAAACUUUUCAUAUGUUAAUUUCAUUGUAAAAUAUCUUUAGCCCACACAUCGGCACACACAAACAGUCAAGUGUCAUACUAAAUAACUACAGAAUGUAUGAAAAUCGCCAGCUAUCAUUUAAAAAGUCAGUGUCUAUCAGUCUUCAGGUCAGAGAGAUAUAAAGUGAUACUCCACCUAAAUGUACAAGUGUAAAAAUUACAACUGGAUUGUACAGUGGAGAACAGAGGCAGCAGUCAGCCUGGCUUCACAAAGGUUUCCCAGUGUUUACUAAACCGCCAGGACUUGCUUAAGAACAAGCUCAAGGAGUCAGUUUCCAUUUUAAUUUGGAAGAUAUUUUCAUUUUUCAGUUAUGUUGUGUCCUUUAGAUAUUUUGCUUCAGCAUAACUCCACACAAAGUUUAAAGUUCUUUUUGGUCGCAUGUGCCAAUGAAAUGUGAGGUUUCUUCAGUCUUCUCAAAGCAUGUUACACCACAAGAUUAUUAGCAUGCUAAGACCACAAUUUGAUGUUACUUUGGAAAACAGUCAGUUUCUUCUGUGGUUGGUGCUGUCAGCUCAUUAUGUAAAUAUCUGAAUUUUGAAUCCUAAAUAUUCAACAUGUUUGACAUUUUCUGGAUAAGUAUGUAAGUAGUGGGGAGAUGUAAGAUUAAAUCACAUUGCUCUCAGAUUAACAAAUAUCACUGUUACACACCAAGGUCCCCAACCAGACUUAUUGAGAUGCAUCUGGCUGCAGAGCUUUAUGGGAGGAGCUUUUGGGGCUCAUAUUGUGCUGACCUCUAAAAUGGGAAGACCUCAACUGUUGGGUGAGAAGUGACAUAAUAACCCUUGUUGGGUUUUUCCUUUGUUUGUGGUGUUAUUUUUAAGUGUACCCCCUUCCCCCUUACUCUAACCCAACCUUUAGGGUUCAGGUGCCUUACCCUAACCCUCAUGGGGUUUUUCUUAGUUUGUGGUGUGUUAAAUUAAAAUGUAUCCCCCUCAGUAAAUUUCUGUUAGAUUCAGUAUGUCAUUCUGGGUAAUGUAUGCCACUUCCUCUCCCACGGUCGAGGUUGCCCCAUUGUAGAGGUCUGCACCUGAUGAGCUUAAAAUGCCCAACCAUAGAGGAGAUCCUUUUGGACUUUUCCUUAGUCCCUGUUCUCAAGGUACAGCCUAACGGUGGAGACAUGAUUAAAUUAUUCCAAAAUCACAGACCACAGAUAUGAACAGCCAGUUGGAGAGGUGUGUGAUAUCACAGCAGAAUGGAAAUACCUGCUAUAAAGCAGACAAUUUUCCUUCAUGACAAUUAAAAUUCAGAUAGUUUAAACAUUAGGACUUUUUCAGUGUGUUUUGGUCCUUUCAAGUCUGCAAACCACUUACAGCAUGUCAUCACCUCAUGAUCUAAGCUCACACAUCACAGAAAUAAAUCGAGCUUCGGUAUUGUGUAAAGGGACAUUUCAUUGUAGUGACAGAGAAUCAGAUGGAUCAUCCUCUAAUUAAAAGGCACCCCACUCUUACUCCUGAGCCCAGAACUCUCAGCGUUUGACCACUGAAUUCCCCAGAGGCUUGUGCAUGCCUCAAAGAAUUUCAAAUAUUGAAGUACCAGUGCUAUGCUGCCAGUGACACAGAACAUAUCUAACUUUCAUAAAAUACACUCCAAAUCCAACAUACACCCUACUCACUUAAUAUUGUUUAAACAACAUCCAAGAACCAUUUGCAGUCUGGUGGUGCAGAAUCCAGCCUCACUAAUGGAGUGAGAUCUCAAAUUCAAACCCAAGAAAUCUCUUUUUCCAAAGCUGACUAAAGCCAGUCCAUCUAGUCUUCCCCAGCCUUUGUGCAAGUCGCCUUUAGUUUCAAUAAAGGAUUUUUUUUUCUGCUUCCUAAGAAAUUCUAUUCUUUUUUCUAUGAAGCCAGUCUGACUGCAGCUUCUGUGUGUUUUAAAGAAAACAAGGACAUCUCCAUACUUACAUCCUGAGCAUACAGCUCAUACACUUUACAGGAGUAAACACAUGCACACAUACACUAAAAGAAUCACUAAUAAGUAAAAAUAAUAAAAACAACUGAGUGCCAAAUACUUGCAAUAUGUUGUAACUGUAUAGAAUGUACUGUGUCAGCACUAUGAACAACUAUGGAUUUGCAUGAUUGUAAAACCUUUGUCCUUAAAUACAGUGUACAGUAUUGCAAACACCUGAUGUUUAAAGUAAUAAUUACUAAAUAAUUG